AUGAAUAGACUCCGAAGUACGUGGAAGAGUAUUCUGCCUGAUAGCACUCGUUUUGCCAGUGGAGGCGGCAACGGCAUGAAGCAGUUGGAAAAAUGCGAGUCAUUCUUCUCGAGCAAGAUGGCUUCGUUCCUCAGCGAGCCAGGCCAAAAGUGCUUGGUCGAAGACGAGGAGAAUUUGGACCCCCGUUCCGCCGAGAGAGCUAUGGUGAUGGAAAGCCAAGCAUUUUGGCAAGAGCAUGACCAACCAAAUCAGAAAGGUCAUGCAACGAACAACGGUGAAGGACGCUCGAGUUGGGCGUUUGCGCCACAGUUCUUGCUCACGGGCUCUGCGCAAGUGCCGCCUGGAGGCUUAGCCGGAUUGGCUGGCACUUUCAGCGCGCCUGUGGGCACAGGACAGCUGGCUGGCAGCUUGCAAGCGCCCGUGUCAGGUGCCCUGCACGGCAGCUUGCGAGUUCCCCUGAGCUCUCCACACAUCUUGCUCUCCAGCCCAGGACCAGCAGUCCGAGAGAUCAACCCAGCGGCAGAUGCAGAGGAGGACAUGCGACAACGAAUCCAGAGUUCUGUCAGACGGAUCGUCACGAGCGCGCAGGUGGGACAACAAUUUUCUUGCAGGACGGGCGCGGCGCCGCUCGGACUCCCGGCGCACACCGUCGCGUCGGCGGUCACCCGCGCGCCAUCACCAUCCCCGAAGAAAGAGAAUGACAGAAAAGCGGCUUCACCGGAUGGAAAGGAUGCAGAUGCAGAGGUGGAGGUGAACAAAUCCACAGUGGUUGAAAGCAAGGCGCGCCAAAGCACCGGCGAGCGGACCUGGCGGGCUGAGAUCCAGGUUCCAAAGUCUGGAGCUGUUCACAACCACGAUGGAAAAACGCGCACCAUGUGCAUUCGAGGGCCACUGCGGGUUGACAGGGAUCAAGCGUACCGUGACGCCGACGACUUGCAGAAGUGUGCGCAGGACAACCCUGGAGACACUUCCAAGGUCAAAGCAAUGGCUCGUGACAUGCUGAACAGCACCUUGCCCAGCGCAUCUGGAAUCCAGCAGCUGGUUCCUAGACAGUCCGUCAACAAAACCCUCAGGUUUGCAUCGGCGGCAGCUCCCCCGACCAUGUCAACACACCACCCACAGGAUGCACGGUCCAUGUCGACAGAUAUUGCACCAGGUGGAGGACAGCACAUGGCAAAGCAGAUUCCCCAAGGUUUCGUCCGCGGGCGCCAGCUGAGUCCGGUCCGAAUGUAUGCCAAUCGUGACGGCAGUCCUGUUCUCGUUUAUCGAACAGGCAUGAUGAAGCCACGCGUGAGUUUGCCGGGACAGCAACCCUCUACGUCACUGCCGUUGCAGCUCGGCUUGCUGCAAGCUUUGCUGCGUUCAUUCGCUCGCCCUUCUUCCCGACGCAGACGCUACACAGCCUUGAAAGUAAGGUGA